UUCUUUGAAAUUAUCAUUUACAUGUGUAAUUAAUAUCACUUUUGCUAAUUUUAGGUAUUAUUAACUUUAUGUAUUUAUUAAUAUUGUUUAACAUUCUGUAGGGACAACGUUUUAAUGCUCAACAAAAAGCUUUCUCACUAACUCUGUACAAGACAAUGGGGAAGCAUGCUUAUAAUUCUUUAAGAGCCAUUUUCAAACAAAUUCCAUCUAUUCAGACAUUGCAGUCGGUGUUGCAUAAAAUACCUGUACAUCCUGGAUUAAACCCAUUUAUCUUGAGACAUUUGGAGAGUGUAUCUCAAAAAAUGUCAAUGAAAGAAAAGGUGUGUAUCCUUAUGUGGGAUGAGAUAUCUAUCCAACCAAAGUGCACUUAUGAUGUCCGAAACGAUAUCAUUUGUGGUCUUGAGGAUUGGGUCAAUAAUCGAACUGGCAAAAUCGCGGAUCACGCUUUAGUUUUUAUGUUGCGCGGAUUACAUUCUGGCUGGAAGAUGCCACUUUCAUAUAGUUUUUGUAGUAAACAGACUAAUACCGCUCAAUUAAUUCGUAAUAUUAAAGAACAUGUAUUGCAAAUAAAAAAAGCAGGCUUCCACGUAGUCGCGACAGUGUGUGACCAAGGCUCUUGCAAUGUAGCUGCAAUUAAAGAGCUACUAUUACGUACAGCAAUGAAGAAGAAUUUGAAGAACACAUCAGAAAAUCAAACAUACAUCGUUGGAGAUCAAAACGUAAUCCAUUUAUACGAUCCACCACAUCUUAUAAAAGGAAUACGGAACAAUUUGAUAUCGAAAGAUUUAUUACUGCGCUUGUCUACUCCGGAGGAAGAAGAUAGAUUUGCAUCGUGGGACACAUUAAAAACAGCCUGGAUAAUGGAUAAAAAGAUCAACACCAUUCGGCCACUUUUAAAGAAGAUAACAGCGGAGCAUAUUCUGGAAGACAAGAUCAAGAAGAUGCGUGUAAAGUACGCUGUUCAAGCAAUGAGUGGUACUAUAGCUGGUGUUAUUCAAACUUUCGCAACAUCAAAAUGCGUUGUAUCCAUUAACCAGAAAGACAUCCAAAUAGGCGAAGAAGAAAUAGCGACAGCGACAGUAGUGAACUUUUUUAAUGAUCUAUUUGACAGUGUGAAUGGUGAUGAUAGAAGAGAGGAUGCCAAUGAAUUACGUUGUUCUGUAACGGAAAACAGUAAACAUCAUACGUUUUGGGUGAGUGCGAAAAAUCAAUUGCACAAAAUGUAAUUUGUCGACAAAAUUUCACGCUCUAAAGUAAAAUCGGUACCAACUUUAACAAAUUGGUUGUCAACAAUAAAUGGUUUUCAAAAUUUAUGGAAAAUUUUAAAUGAAAAAUAUGAUUUUAGAAAAUUAAAUACGCGAUUUUGUAAUCAGGAUCCUUUAGAAAAUUAUUUUGGCCAAAUUCGUAGUCACGCGGUACGUAACAUUAAUCCAACACCUCGUCAAUUCGAAGAAUCAUUUUUUACAUUACUGGUUAACAAUUUGAAUUGUAUUUCGAUGCGUCGCGGUAAUUGCGAAAGUGACAGUUUUGACAUUUUGUGUACAUUUGAAAAAUAUUUAGAAUCUAGUGACAAUGAAUGUAGUGUAACGUAUAACGAUGAUGAAGCAUCAGAAUUAAUUUUGGAUAAAAAUGUUGCCGAAGAAGUGAUGAUCGCAUCUUCUAUGGAUCGUCACAAUGAUAUUAUUAACUUAAUUCUUAAAGAAGUAAAUUUUUGUACAAAUUGUGAAAGUAGUUUGAGAAGUAAUUCGUUUUUAUUUUGCAUGAAACAAAUCACAAGUUUGACAAAUAAAUUAUUAAGGACUAGAGCUCAUCGUCGUAAUAUUUUAAAAGUAUUGUUAGAUUUUUUAGAAAAUUGGAAUGCAAGUAUGAAUUGGCAUGAAUGUAUGGAACAUCACACCAACAUGUUUAAAAUAGUAGUGCGUAUUAUUGCGAUUAAUAAUAUUGUAUGGUGGUGCAAUCAUAAAAAUGAAAUUAAUAUUGAUCAGAACGAUGUCGAAAUGUUGCAAAACGAUGUAAUAAAGAACGUGUGUGAAAUUAAGCGAAUGCGUGCGAUUUUUAAAAAUAAUGCUCAAAAAAGAAAAAAAAAUCUACAGAAUGAUAUAAAAUAUUCAGUUAAAAAAAAAUUUUGUAAAUAAUGGUAUGCAUUUUUAAUUUUUGUUUUUGUAUAUUUUAAUGUGUAUUACUUUUCUUUUUUUUAUCUUUAUAUAAAAAUUUGGGUUAUAUGAAUGUUUAUUGUGAACGAAUGAAUGAGUAGAUUAAAAACAAUAAGUUAGGUAGGUCCUUCUACUUCGAUCAGUCAUCUACCUGAAGAAGUCAUGUUUUCUUAACGAAGAUAUGCCUUCAGGCAGUGUGGUUGGUAUGUGGGUGGAGAUGAGAUCAAAGGAAAGAUGCAAAGUUUUAGCAAAAGCGGAACAUAUUGCAUCUGAGAAGAAGUGUAGCAGUGUGAUACAUUGUUAUUGUGAUAUAUUUCAUGUAUGUUUUUUUAAUUAUAUCCAUCAAUUAUAUUUUAAUGUUAUACGUGUAUGUAUGUUUUGUAUGUAUGUAUGAUUAUUGUAACAUUUAUAAUUACUACAUUAUUAAUUAUUGUACAUGUAAUUGUAAAGUGUGAAUGUAGUGUGUGUUUACAUAUGUUGCAAGUUGAUAGCAUCUAUGUGCUGUGCAACAUAUUUUUUAACCACACUGGGUAUUUGAUGUUUAUAUAUCCGACAGUCCGAAGUCUGUGUUAAGUGAGACGGGAAAAUAUGUUGCAUUCUAUUUCCUAUUUCAUGUAUAAAAGUUGUGUUUUAUAAAACAUUAAUUACAUUUG